AUGGCUGCCUGUGGAGGCCUAAACCACAUGUUUGCAGAAAAUUCGACAACUCUUGAUUCCCUCUCCUUUACAGAGAUUUUUGAAGAAUUAGAUUUAAAAGAUAACAAUUCUGAGUCCUCCUUUUCCUCCUCCAUCUCAUCUUUUUCUUCUAAUCUACCUCCAUUGUCUGCCGCCUCCUCUUCAUUAUCGUCAACAUCUUCUUCUUAUAAUUCUUCUUCAUUUUCUCUAGAAACAAUCCACCAGUCUGGAAUUGAAGGGAAAAACAAGGACCCCAUUUAUCCAACAAGCAACCAAGAAUACAAGCAUAGUGAUAGCUUUUCCUCAAGAAAUUCAGAUACUCUAUCAUUAUGUAUAGAAGGCCUUGGAUUUGAAAGCUCUGAUGAUGUUGAAGAUAUUAUGAAUUAUUUGAGUAAUGAGAAUGAACAUGAACAAGAACAUGAAGGGAUUAGAUCAACAUGCAUUAAUUCCAAGUUAGAAAAUCAUCAUGAAUAUUCCAAAAGAUAUUCAAGAACAAAUAAAGGGUCAUUAUUACCUCCUCCAAUUUCUUGCAUUGGAGGAAGUGGAAAGCCUUGGGUUUGUUUUAAAUCUUAUAGGGAAGAUGGUAGGUUUAUUCUCAAGGAGAUUAGAAUUCCAGAGUGGGAAUUCUUGCAUGCUUGUCGAGAAGAUGGACGUUUGAAGCUACAGUAUAUUCAAUCAGAUGAUGAAAUUCUAGAGGAAGACGAAGACGAAGAGGAAUAUGAUGAUGAUUCAGAGGAUUUCGAAGAGGAACCAAAUGAUGAUGAUAAGAAAAAAGAAUAUGAGAAUCUUGCUGAAGAACAAUAA